CCGGGUCUGGAGUGGAGGUGCUCCAGCGGUGUUGUUUCUCGAGCAGCGGCAGUUCUCACUACAGCGCCAGGACGAGUCCGGGUUCGUGUUCGUCUGCAGAGAUCUCUCUCAUCUCGCUCGGCUGCGGGAAAUCGGGCUGAAGCGACUGAGUCCGCGAUGGAGAAAACUUUAGAAACUGUUCCUUUAGAGAGGAAAAAGAGAGAAAAGGAACAAAUCCGUAAACUCUUUAUUGGUGGCUUGAACUUUGAAACUACAGAAGAAAGUUUGAGGAACUACUACAAGCAAUGGGGAAAACGUACAGAUUGUGUGGUAAUGAGGGAUCCUGCAAGCAAAAGAUCAAGAGGAUUUGGUUUUGUGACUUUUUCUUCCAUGGCUGAAGUUGAUGCUGCCGUGGCUGCAAGACCUCAUUCAAUUGAUGGGAGAGUGGUUGAGCCAAAACGUGCUGUUGCAAGAGAGGAAGCUGGAAAGCCAGGGGCUCAUGUAACUGUGAAGAAGCUGUUUGUUGGUGGAAUUAAGGAAGAUACUGAGGAACAUCAUCUUAGAGAUUACUUUGAGGAAUAUGGAAAAAUUGAUACCAUUGAGAUAAUUACUGACAGGCAGUCUGGAAAGAAAAGAGGCUUUGGAUUUGUUACUUUUGAUGACCAUGAUCCUGUGGAUAAGAGUGUGUUGCAAAAAUACCAUACUAUCAAUGGUCAUAAUGCAGAAGUAAGAAAGGCUUUGUCUAGACAAGAAAUGCAGGAAGUCCAAAGUUCUAGAAGUGGAAGAGGAGGCAACUUUGGUUUUGGAGGUUCUCGUGGUGGCAGUGGAAAUUUUGGACCAGGACCAGAAAGUAACUUUAGAGGAGGAUCUGAUGGAUAUGGAAGUGGCCAUGGAUUUGGAGAUGGCUAUAAUGGGGAUAGAGGAGGACCUGGAGGUGGCAAUUUUGGAGGUAGCCCUGGUUAUGGAGGAGGAAGAGGAGGAUAUGGUGGUGGAGGACCUGGAUAUGGCAACCAGGGUGGGGGCUACGGAGGUGGUUAUGACAACUAUGGAGGAGGAAAUUACGGGAGUGGAAAUUACAAUGAUUUUGGAAAUUAUAACCAACAACCUUCUAACUAUGGUCCAAUGAAGAGUGGAAAUUUUGGUGGUAGCAGGAACAUGGGGGGACCAUAUGGUGGAGGAAACUAUGGUCCAGGAGGCAGUGGAGGAAGUGGGGGUUAUGGAGGGAGAAGCAGAUACUGAGCUUCUUCCUAUUUGCCAUGGGCUUCACUGUAUAAAUAGGAGAGGAUGAGAGCCCAGAGGUAACAGAACAGCUUCAGGUUAUCGAAAUAACAAUGUUAAGGAAAAUCUUAUCUCAGUCAUGCAUAAAUAUGCAGUGAUAUGGCAGAAGACACCAGAGCAGAUGCAGGGAGCCAUUUUGUGAAUGGAUUGGAUUAUUUAAUAACAUUACCUUACUGUGGAGGAAGGAUUGUAAAAAAAAAAAAAGCCUUUGAGACAGUUUCUUAGCUUUUUAAUUGUUAUUUCUUUCUAGUGGUCUUUGUAAGAGUGUAGAAGCAUUCCUUCUUUGAUAAUGUUAAAUUUGUAAGUUUCAGGUGACAUGUGAAACCUUUUUUAAGAUUUUUCUCAAAGUUUUGAAAAGCUAUUAGCCAGGAUCAUGGUGUAAUAAGACAUAACGUUUUUCCUUUAAAAAAAUUUAAGUGCGUGUGUAGAGUUAAGAAGCUGUUGUACAUUUAUGAUUUAAUAAAAUAAUUCUAAAGG